UUUCCUAGCCUUGUACGGCUUCGCGGAGUUGACUUCUUCCUCGGCAGUGAAGACCUCUUCGCCCUCUUCCACGCCACGAGCAACCUCUCUUUCGUACAUGGCCAUAGUGACCUGCGAGAAAUCUUCCUUGUCAACAGGGGCAAAUCUUGAGGCAGACGUGGAACCAAUAGGUGUGACUUUGGCUUUAGUGAGGCUGCUCGAGGUAUCCUCCGCUUUACGCUGCACAGGCACAUAUCCCAUUUUCAACACUUUGCGUCGCUCACUCUCGACGCUUUCCCAGAAAUUUUUCCCAUCCACUUGCGGCAGUGCUUUCUCAUCGGUGCGGAGUUUCAGCGAGGGUUCGGGAUCCAAAGAUGGAUCGUAUUGAGGGGGCGCAUCGGACGGAGUGUGAUCUGGACCUCGGGCGGCAGAGAGCAUGGCUUCGACUUUCUCUUUGACACUUAGCUUUUGCCUUCCAGACGCGCAGAUUGCGCAGCAACAGUUCCCAAUAAUCAUAGUCGAUGGGUUCAU